AAUUCUGAUUUUUACAUUUUUUCUCUGGCAGAGUUUAUUCUUAUGGGAGAAUGUUUGUUUUAAAUUCUGAUUUAAAUUUCUGGUGGAAAGACUCAGAUGAUACAAUUAAAAAAGAAGAAAAAAUUGCUUCAACAUUUUCUUCUUCAAUUUUUGCAAAUAAAAUACCAGAGCAUUUAAACAAUUCAUUCAAACAAAUUUAUUCUUCCUCUGCUUCAAAUAAUUCUGUACCCAUUAAUAACCAUAUUAUUCAACCUUCAACAAGUACAAAUGUUACUAGUUGUUCAACUGAAGCAAUGGAAAAUUUGGCUGAUUUGGCAUUGGCACAAUUGGCGGAAUUCCCAUUAAUUCCGUCUUCGUCUACCUCAGUUUCAUCAUCUAUUUUAAUGCCUCCACCUCCACUACCUCCACCUAUUACUUCAAUAAAUACUUCAACGAAUUCUACCCAAAUUUAUGGUACUAGUAAUAACUUAAAAUCAACAAUAACAACAAAAAAUGAAUUGUUUCAACAACCAAAUAAUAAUAAUAAAUUUAAUAGUCAACAUAAAAAAGAUGUUAAAAAUGAUUCUGAUAGUAUAGGUUUGUUUGAAAAUUACUAA